ACGUCGGUAGCAUGUGUCACAUUUUGCUGAAUCUUAGUUUUCAAUCUUUGGACGUGUAGAUACCAUGACCAGUCGGUUGAACAAUUUUUAAUCGUCCCGCCGCAGCCAUGAAGUGGUUGUACGUUCUUGGCUUCGUUAUUUCAAUUAAUUUAGGCGAUGGAUCAUUCGUCCCUGAUUAUACCUCAAAAUUUGCGAAGAAUGAGGGAUCAACAAAUUCAGAACGCCCAAAGAUUCCGGAAACGGAGGGUUUUCUUCCUCCUUCUCCUUCGUUUGAAAAUGAUCAUAAACCGGAUAUAACGUCUUUCUUCUUUUUCGAUACCUUCGAAGGCAAUUCUUUGCCAGAAGGGGAAAAGAUCUCUUCUGUGAUAGAUCUAACAAAGCAGAUCGCUUCGGAAAUCGCGAAGCCAAACGCGAUCACAGGGAUGAAAACGCUUUCAAAGUUUAACGCAGCUACGAGAAUAAUAAGAACGUUGAGUUACAAGCAGUUGAAACUAAUCUCUCGACAACUUUGUGAGAAUGAAGCUAAGCCUUACGAGACACACUUUCUUCUCUGGUCAAUAUUCAGAGAUGCAGUUUCACAAGCAGGCACCAGACAUGCUUUUCUUGUCAUCUCGGAUUGGAUUAUGGAAAGAAGGCUAGUAGGAGAAGAAGCAGCUGAAAUCCUUUCUGUCAUCCCAAACUCAAUAGCUGUACCGACUAUGGAAUACAUGAACGAUUUCUUCAAUCUGGCAAAAAGUGAAGUAGUAACGUCUCAGAAGUAUCUCAAUGUCAGCGCAAUCCUUUCGUUUACAAGCCUUGUCAGAAAUUCAAUGAGUAACGAAAUAUCUCCCGAAGGUAUUCCAGGCAAUAGCUCCAGCACAGACAAGGUUAUAGUCGAAAAAUACCUACCAUACUUGGCCAGCCAGUUGAAGGAUGCAGCAAUCAAACGAGACAGCACUAACAUUCAGCUUUACAUAAGGGCCCUUGGCAACACCGCUCAUAAAGAAAUCUUCAAUAUUUUCGAACAAUAUCUCCAAGGAAAACAUUCACUCUCCGACUUCCAGAGGCUCACGAUUAUCUCCUUUUUGGACAAGAUAUCCGAAAUAUAUCCGACUCUGACUAGGACUUUGUUGUACAAUAUCUACCACAACACUGGAGAAACGCAGGAAAUUAGGGUGGCAGCGGUGAUACAGAUAAUGAAGGCCAAUCCUCCGGCAGAGAUUCUCCAAAGAAUGGCCGAGUUCACCAACUAUGAGCCGAACAACCAAGUGGCCAGUAUUGUUAAAUCUGCAAUCGAAGAAGCCGCUCGAUUGAACACGCCCUGGACUCAAAAAUUAGCCGAGAAUGCAAAGAGCGCUCUUAAUCUGCUCACGACGAGAGAAUUCGGUAUCCAAUAUUCCAAAAGUUUCAUAAGGAGCUUUCUAUCUGAAAAGUACGACACGGAAUAUCAUGCGGAUGUUUCCUACAUCCAACAACGAGACAGUGUCAUCCCAAGCUCACUUUUCUAUAACCACAAGAUUAACAUGGGAGGCUUGAAAACCAAAGAUUUUCAGAUAAAAUUCAUGUCUUCAAGCAGCGAUGAUCUACUUAAUUUCAUUUUGGAUCACAUAGCCAAAUACCCUCAAAAAUCUCACUCGCCGCCAAAGGAAAAAGAUACAAAAUGGUCAUGGGAUAAAGUGGCAAAUGCGAUCAACUUCAAACUGAACCAAGCUAAAGACGUCGAGGGCAACUUAUUAAUUGAUACAUUAGGAGGAGGACGGUUUUUUCCUUUCGAUAACAACAGCAUUAAAAAUAUCCAAGAUGAAUUAAAGCGUUCUACUUACAGCUUCCGAGAAGGAAAGAAGUUUAAUUUUACUAAAUUGUACAAUCAACGCGAAGUCCAGCUUAGUUUUCCCACAGCUACUGGCUUGCUGUUUUAUUUCUCGUUCAGCGAACCGACUUUGUUCCAAUUGAACGGUCAAAUCAUGGGGAAAGCUCAUCCGGACUUUUCGUUCGGGGAGAAAAAUGAAAUUUUGAUGCCAGUUUCUAUCAACGCCAGCCUGGAAAUCGACUAUCUGUACUCAUCGAAAAUCGAUGGGAAACUGGGUUUCGUCGUCCCUUUCAACCACCAAGCCUACAUCUCAGGAGUGGAAAAAAACAUAUUCACACGCCUGCCCGUUUAUUCCCACCUGGACAUUGAUUUCCAACAAACAACUAUAGCCACUAAAUUCAGACCGCUGGAAUUUAUCGAUAAAAACAAAAUGUUUGAGUGCAGUUCGAAAGCAUACACGGAAGUACACGAUAUGAGAUCAUGGAGCUUUGACGACUUACAAAUAUUGCAAAUUAUGAAAACCCAUAACUUUAAACAAACCUUCGGCAGCAAGGCGAUUGGCUUCACUUUUGACUUACAAAUGGAAGGACAGCACGAAGCUUUUGACCUCGGAAAGAUAUUUUCGACUGUAAAAAGAAAUAACGGGUUGUUGAAUCUUCUCUACCCCUCUUACGAAGACGCGAUAGACAAUCACAAUUUGACUCUUUCUAUCAACUCUAAAAUGGUAAAGACGAAGUUUGCAAAAUUACUGUUAACUUAUAGCACCAAGAUGAAAGUCAAUGAUGGUAAGAAAAAGUCUGAAAAAGAAAAGAAAAGCUAUACGGAAAAUGGUAAAUUCGAAUUGCCGACCGAAAGGUCACAACGAUUUGAACAGUUGCACAAAAAAGCUUCCGAUGGAAUUACAGAAGGUCAAUCGACAAUUAUCGAUGCGGAACUUUCAUUUGACGAAUAUUGCAACUACGUGGCAACCGGUGCAUACUCAAGCAGUCCGGUCUCUGAAGACUCAAGGUUCAUGAUGUGGCUUCAUAAAUUUUCAUCAAAGGGCGUUAAUCAAAUGAAGCCUUUCCAGGUUUCGUUGCAAAUCGAUUCUAAAAUGCCAAAAGUCGCUUUGAGCAAUUACGAACAAGCUCUUAAUUCCGACCCGACGUCAUUCGUCAACGCUUGGUUGAGCUACGGACAAGACGAAGAAUUUGCAGAGAUUUCAACCAGAGGUAUUUUGAAAAGGAGUACAAAACGGUUGGAAUUCCUUAAAAACCAUGCGGUAUCGAAGGCGUGCGUGAAAAACAUGAAAGUGGGCAACAACAUCCAACCAGUUUGCCGUAACGUAACAAACAACGCAAACAUUUUAGAUCAGUACGAAUUCGACGUCAUGCACAAGAAUGUGCCUGAAUGUUGCAAAAACAUGGUGUACAAGGCGUACUCUCUGGCCCGUCACUUAGCGUAUCCGAAAAUAUCUGAAAACAACCUGUACACCAGUAAGGAAAAGAUCAGCUUUGGAAUAAGUUUCGCGCCAAAUCUGAAACACCUUGACUUUUCCAUCGAAACGCCCGACUUCUCGACCAAUUUCCAAAACAUCGAGGUUGGCCAAAUGCUAAUUCCUUUGGUGGUUUCACAUCCAGAAUACAGCCGUAUUGAGAGAUUUACCCAAAAAUUGUUACCCUCUGCUGUGUGUUCAGUCGAUGAAAGAAUGAUGACAACAUUUGACAACAGACAAUUCCAUUAUAAAAUGGGAAACUGCUGGCAAAUCUUGGCUAUCUCGGGCCCCAAGCCUAGACAUAGACUAGAUAGUACUUCCGUCCGAUAUUUCCAAACUGAUAAUGAGCAAAUAAGCAUUGCCGCCCGUAAAUCCGAAUCCAAUCGAAAGGAAUUGGUUGCCAUAUUCGGCGAGAACGUUAUCGAAGUUAAACCCAGGAAGCAUAAAAAAUCCAACUACAUCGUUCAAGUUAAUAAUAAACAGGUGAAACUAUCAGAGAAGUCUGAACAUAUUCUAACGGAUGAUGAGGAUAACGUCAUUCUAAAAAUCGGCCUUUCUCCCAAUGGCUUCAUUAAAAUAGAAGGGCCGCGAUCAGGGAUGAAGAUAAUUUACGACGAGUCUCGUGUUGAGCUUUACGCGAGCAAUCGUCUAAGGAACAGAAUCAGAGGCAUCUGCGGUAACUUCGACGGCGAGGAUUCUAACGAUUUCAUGACGACCGACAGGUGCAUUUUGAAAGAUCCUCUUCACUUCGUCACAAACUACACGCUCCAUCAGAACUGCAGUGACCCACGAGUCAAAGAAAUGUCGGACAAAGUCUCAAAGAUCCAAUGUACUACCGAGACCGACAAGAUGAGCAGAGCUGUGUACGACGAGUACGGUAAUAAGCUUUCUUUGAUGUACGACAUCAACAGAAACAGGGAAAAACACGAUCAAACUCGCUCUUGCAAAAGUCAUAUUGUGAGAAUAGUCGAACCGCAGGGUAAAGCGUGUUUCAGCAUCAGGCCGAGAUUGAGGUGCAGAUCGCAUUGCAAAGCGACUAGAGAAAUCGAAGAAACCGUCGACUUCCAUUGUUUCGAAAAUAAUCUGGUUGGAAAGCAAUGGAUUGAAAUGGUCAAGAAAGGAGGAAAUCCAGGACCUAAAGAUGCCAAUUACAGAGAAAAAAUAAAGUAUCCAGAAGAUUGCGUACCUAAAUAAAUGGAUAUUUCAAUUUGAA